GAAGAGGGAGUCAGCGGGUGCGAGAGAAGGACAGAGGGUGGCUGGGGAGGGGGGAAAAGAGGGGGCAAGUGGUCCAAGUGGACCGGAAAUCAGUGCUCCUCUUCCGGGUCUUCCUUGAAUCGUGAGCCCCUUUUUCGCGAUCUUGAAGACGUGUCUCUCCCAACAAAGGAUAUCUUCUCCGAUUGCCCUCGAGCUUUUUCGAGCGUGAUACGAUCAUGAAGAUCAAGUGUUCACCGCGAUCGUCAUGGCCGCGUAAUCUCAGUAACUUCGCUUCGCAAGAAGAGGUGUCGAGAGUCGCAACGUCGAAGAAUAAUUCUUCGAUAGAUGCAACGAUCAAGAACGAAGAACUUUGCAAGUAAAUUUUUCUCUCUCUCUCUCUCUCUCUCUCUCUGCGAGCGAUGACCAUUGUCCUCGAGCGCGCUCCUGUACUGGUCCUGAGAACAUCCGUUCCAUCGAGGGUUUCAAGAGGAACCGGCGGCACUUUGCGGGCGAUGAUUUACGUUGCGAUGCCGAGUUUUGCUGGACCGCACGAUAAGGGAGUCGCGCGGUAGAGGGACAGAGUGCGUCAGUUCGCGUGCCAAUUAUCGGCCACGAGGUGCAUUCGAAACCGAGGAACACACUGGUGAACUCACGCGUAUUGGCGGUUCGCGGUCGAGACUCGUCUUUGCAGCCGAGCACCGGUGAGCUCACGAACACCAUCGUCCCGCGCGUUUUUCGCUGUCUUUAUCGAACGUCAGUGCGCCGAGCGGACAAAGGAAAAAGUAAUCGGUGAUCGGUUCGAGGGUGUUAUCCGGUGCGGAGGGGAUGGAGAUGCGCCCCGUUCUCGUGGCGAUCUGCCUCCUCCUCGUCACCCCCAUUACCGGCUCUUUCUGGACUGUAGGAAGCCAGCUGGUGAUGGAUCCGAUGCUUGUCUGCAAGAAAACAAGACGGCUGAAAGGGAAGCUAGCCGACAUUUGUCGUAAGGAGCCGUCUCUACUGAAAGAAAUUGCAAAGGGUGUUCAAGUAGGCACUAGGGAAUGUCAGUACCAAUUCCGAAAUCGAAGGUGGAACUGUACGACUGUCAGGAGGUCUCUCAAGAAGAUUCUGCUCCGCGAUACGCGGGAGACGGGUUUCGUGAACGCCAUCACCGCCGCUGGAGUUACUUAUGCGGUUACCAGAGCCUGCACUAUGGGUGACCUCGUGGAAUGCUCCUGCGAUAAGAUGACGUCGAAGGGUAAUCGUCUGGCUAAAUUUGCGCGUACGGUCGAGGCGAAGAAGAGUUUGCCGACGGAAGGAGACUGGGAAUGGGGAGGGUGCGGCGAUAACGUAAACUUCGGCUUUAAAAAAUCACGGGAAUUCAUGGAUGCACCGUAUCGUAAAAGAAGUGACAUUAAAACUCUGGUGAAGCUUCAUAAUAACGACGCUGGUCGUUUGGCCGUGCGCAACUUCAUGAGGACCGAGUGCAAGUGUCACGGGCUCUCCGGUUCCUGCACGGUGCGCACUUGUUGGCGCAAGAUGCCGCCGUUUCGGGAAGUCGGCAACCGUCUGAAGGAGUCGUUCGACGGCGCGGCCAAAGUCAUUCCCAGCAACGACGGCCACAGCUUCAUUACCGAAGGCCCCACGAUCAAGCCGCCCGGUAGAUUCGAUCUGAUCUACAGCGAAGACUCGCCGGACUUCUGCAAGCCGAAUCGGAAGACCGGGUCCUUAGGGACGACGGGUCGUCAGUGUAACGCGACGAGUCCCGGGGUUGAGGGCUGUGAGCUCCUCUGCUGCGGUAGAGGCUACGACACCAGAAUUGUCAAGGAGAAGGUCAAUUGUCAGUGUAGGUUCCGGUGGUGUUGCGAGGUAACGUGUAACACGUGUCUCGUCAAGAAGACCAUCAACACUUGCCGCUAGUGUCGGUGUAAGAAAAAAAAAAAAA